ACCAAAGCAUUCACACAAGGGGAAGAACACUUGUGCAUGAGUUAUGUAACAAAUCAUUUUCUGACUCAUCAAGACUCUUGCUCUACCAGAGGAUUCACAUGGGGGAGAAACCAUUCACGUGCGAGGUGUGCAACAAAACAUUCUCGGAGCCAUCAACCCUCCGCCGACACCAACGAAUUCACAUAGGGGAGAAACCUCACAAGUGCAAGGAAUGCAACAAAUCAUUCUCAGAGCCGUCAAAACUUCAAACACACCAACGAGUUCACACAGGGGAGAAACCAUUCACAUGUGAGAUGUGUGACACAUCAUUCUCAGACUGUUCAAGCUUCCGCAGACACCAACAGAUUCACACAGGGGAGAAACCAUUUACAUGUGAGGUGUGUGACAAAUCAUUCUUGCAACGUUCAGACCUCCGGAUACACCAACGCAUCCACACAAAGGAGAAACCAUUCACGUGUGAGUGCUGCAACAAAUCAUUCUGUAACUCAUCGAGACUCUUGAUCCAUCAAAGGAUUCAUACGGGUGAGAAACCGUUCAUGUGCAAAGUGUGUGAUAAAACAUUCUUAGAGUCGUCAAAGCUUCAAAGACACCAGCGAAUUCACACAGGGGAGAAACCUCACAAGUGUAAGGAAUGCAACAAGUCCUUCUCAGAGCCGUCAAAACUUCAAAUACAUCAUCGGGUUCACACAGGGGAGAAACCAUUCACAUGUGAGAUGUGUAAUACAUCAUUCUCAGACUGUUCAAACCUCCGCAGACACCAACGUAUUCACACAGGGGAGAAACCAUUCACAUGUAAGGUUUGUGGCAAAGCCUUCUCACGUUCAUGGAGUUUCCGCAUACACCAACAAGUUCACACAGGGGAGAAACCAUUCACGUGUGAGUGGUGUAACAAAUCAUUCUGUAACUCAUCAAGACUCUUGAUCCAUCAACGGAUUCACACGAGGGAGAAACCGUUUAAGUGCAAGGUGUGUGAAAAAGCGUUUUCAGAGUCAUCAAAGCUGCAAAGACAUCAACUCACUCACACAGGGGAGAAACCUCACAAGUGUAAGGAAUGCAACAAGUCAUUUUUAGAGUCAUCAAAACUUCAAAGACACCAGCAAAUUCACACAGGGGAGAAAUCAUUCAGGUGAUAUGUUAACGUAUCAUUCUCAAAUACAUAAUCCCUACAUGUACACCAACAAAUUCACACAGAGAAUAGAACAUUCACGUGUGAGGUGUGUGAUAAAUCAUUCCCAAAAUUGUUGCAACGCUACAACCAACUAUGCAUUCACACAGGAGAGAAACCAUUUAUGUAUGAAGUGUGUGAUAAACUUUUCAUCAAAUCUCCUGAUUCAUCAGGUUUCACAAAGGGAGGAACUCUUCAAAUAGGAGGUUUGCAAUAAAAGUAUUGUGACUUCUUUAAACUUCCUGACACAUGAGAGGAUUCAGAAAGUAACAAACUCAUCAGAUAUGAUUAUAUGACAGAGCUUUCAUCCACAGCUCCAGCCUAAGCUGCAGAGGACUCACACUGGUGAGAAACCAUUCAGAUCAGUGUAUCUCCUGAGCCAUCAAAACACUCAAGAUAAUCUGUAUUGAUCUGAAUUCUGUAACAAAGCCUUCAUAAAACCUGUCCUGGAAAAUGAGUGUCAACCCUUCCAGUCACCUUUCCAAGUGCAGAUUUCAGAUCGGUCUUCCUGCGAGUCAACUCAAGGAAAGUGAUGGGUUCAGACAGAGAGUUCCCGGCCGAGCACUGAGAUCCUGUGUAGACGAGCUGGCGGAUGUAUUCACUGACAUCUUCAAUCUCUCCCUCCUUCAAGCUGAAGACCUCUACUCCUUCAAGAAGCACACCUCAUCCCAGUACUUAAGGAAGCACAUGGUGCUAUAAUGUCUACCGGCCAGUGGCUCUGACCUCCUUAAACAUGAGGUGCUUUAAGAGGCCAAUGUCAACGCUAAUGUCCCAACCUGCCUCAAACCCCUUCAUUUUCUCAACCAAGAUAAUGAGUCCACAGGGGACACCAUUUCCUGGAACAUGUGAACAACAAGGAUAUCCACAUCACACUUGUGCUCAUUGACCACAACUCCACCUUCAACACCAUUAUCCCUUCCACACUGAUGUCAAAACUCUGAGACCUAGGUCUCCACUCUGCCCUCUGUAGCUGGAUCCUCAGCUUUCUC